GAAGCAAAACACUGAAGUGAAAAUUCAGUCUAUCAGCACCAGGAGGUGGCAGCAAAGAGCGUAUUUCCCUGAGGCAUCUUCAGAGUCUGCUGAAAUUUGUUGAAAUUGUUCCAAAGAAUAAUGACUGAUUUAAACCUGCGGAAGCAAGAGCUAUUCACACCAUUGGCUCGGUGAGACGACUUACAACUCAAAGAUCUUUCCAGCGCAAAAUUUUUAAUCAUCGAAGAAGCUUGUGAUUUGAGAUAAUAUCCCCACAGACAGAGAGUCGAGGAGGAGGGAAUACCUUUUGUAUUGGUCAUCAGAAGCUUCCUUUAUGUGAUGGAGAAUUUUAAUGAUUAGAUCUCUUUGAUGGGGAUGUGUGGCAGUGGUAGUGGAUCUCUCCAGGUUUAUCGCCGCGUCAUUUGAAAAUGGCCCGAAGUUCAGCUUCAGGGGAAAUUGACCAAGUUUCCACUGAGUGAUCACCUGCAGAAACCCAGCAGAGAGUUGCUCCAAUUGCUUCAACCUGUCAGCUUUGCAGAAGAUAAAGAGUAAUUGUUUCUGCAAUGGUUACAUGAGCUGCGGUGACAUACUGGCAGACGUUGUUUGUAUUCAGUUCAUUGACAACUCAUCAAAGGGAAGAGAGGCAGGAACAGGUGCCCGGAUCAAAUCAUGAAUUUUUUCAUGAAGUUUCCUCGGCAUUUGCGGAGGAUGGUAUUCUUACUGGCAGCCUUCUGCAUGGUGAGUGUUAUUAUAUCAGCUUAUUACCUUUAUAGUGGUUACAAGCAGGAGCUGGAGCUUUCUAAACCAACCUCGGAACAAGAUUGCAGAGAUCCAAAACUUUUGCUGUACAGAUCAUUUGAAAUGAAGACUGCAAAACCGAUUGACACAUCCAGAACAGACCCCAUGGUUCUGGUAUUUGUUGAGACACAAUAUUCACAGCUUGGACAGGAGAUUGUGGCAAUUUUGGAGUCAAGCCAUUUUAAGCACCACACAGAAAUUGCCCCUGGCAAAGGGGACCUGCCAGCCCUAACAAAUAAGGACAGGGGAAGAUAUGCACUUGUUAUAUAUGAAAAUAUUUUAAAAUAUGUGAAUAUGGACUCAUGGAAUAGAGAGCUGCUUGAUAAAUACUGCAUGGAGUAUAAUGUUGGCAUUAUAGGUUUUCACAAAGCCAAUGAAAAUAGUUUUCUGAGCUCACAGUUGAAAGGUUUCCCACUGAACCUGCACACCAACCUUGCUUUGAAGGAUUGCUGUAUCAACCCACAAUCUCCUUUGCUGCGCAUUACCAAAGCUAAAGAAAUUGAGAGAGGCCCACUUCCAGGAGAGGACUGGACUGUGUUCCAAUUCAAUCACUCCACUUACCAGCCUGUGUUACUUGCCAAACCAAGAUUGACUGAAAACACUCCUCACCAGAUCACUGACGAUGUUCUUCAAGCCACGGUUGUUCAGGACCUGGGACUGCUAGAUGGUAUUCAACGAAUCUUGUUUGGAAACAACCUCAACUUUUGGCUGCACAAACUUAUUUUCGUGGAUGCAAUUGCUUUCCUUACAGGGAAGAAGUUGUCGCUCUCCCUGGAAAGGUACAUUCUUGUGGAUAUUGAUGACAUAUUUGUGGGAAAAGAAGGAACAAGAAUGAAUGUCAAUGAUGUGAAGGCAUUACUUGAAACGCAAAAUCUAUUACGAACCCAGGUUUCGAACUUUACCUUCAAUCUUGGAUAUUCCGGAAAAUUCUACCAUACAGGGAUGUUUGCAGAGGAUGAAGGUGAUGAUCUGCUGCUAAAGUACGUGAAUGAAUUUUGGUGGUUUCCCCACAUGUGGAGCCACAUGCAACCACAUCUCUUCCACAACGAGUCAGUGUUGGCUGAACAAAUGAUUCUCAACAAGGAGUUUGCAUUGAAACAUGGCAUUCCUAUUGACAUGGGCUAUGCUGUGGCACCGCACCACUCUGGCGUCUAUCCAGUCCAUGUUCAGCUCUAUGAAGCAUGGAAGAAAGUUUGGGGCAUCAAGGUGACCAGUACUGAGGAAUACCCGCACUUGAAACCUGCACGAUACAGGCACGGCUUCAUCCAUAGUGGCAUCAUGGUACUCCCACGUCAAACUUGUGGCCUUUUCACCCAUACCAUAUUCUACAAAGAAUACCCUGGAGGCCCAAAAGAACUGGACAAAAGCAUCAGGGGAGGAGAGCUUUUUCUUACUGUUCUUCUUAAUCCAAUCAGCAUAUUCAUGACGCACUUAUCCAACUAUGGGAAUGAUCGACUGGGACUCUACACCUUUGUGAACUUGGCCAAUUUUGUUCACUGCUGGACCAACCUGAAAUUACAGACUAUGCCUCCUGUUCAUCUGGCACACAAAUACUUUGAGCUCUUUCCUGAGCAAAAGGAACCACUGUGGCAGAAUCCAUGUGAUGAUAAACGACACAAGGACAUCUGGUCGAAAGAGAAAACCUGUGAUCGUUUACCAAAAUUUCUGGUGGUUGGACCCCAAAAAACAGGCACCACGGCUUUGUACCUCUUCCUAAUUAUGCAUCCAGCCAUCACCAGUAACUUCCCCAACCCAAAGACCUUUGAAGAAGUGCAGUUCUUCAGUGGGAAUGCUUAUCACAAAGGAAUUGACUGGUACAUGAAUUUUUUUCCUAUGCCUUCCAAUGUGACCACAGACUUCUUGUUUGAGAAGAGUGCAAACUACUUUCACUCUGAGGAUGCCCCAAAGCGAGCUGCUGCUCUCUUGCCAAAGGUGAAGAUAAUUACUAUUCUCAUCAAUCCUUCAGAUCGGGCUUACUCCUGGUACCAGCACCAGCGAGCCCACGAAGAUCCAGCAGCUCUACGCUACAGUUUUUAUGAGGUGAUCACGGCAGGCCGACGAGCCAUUCCUGAACUUCGGGCCCUUCAUAAUCGGUGCCUGGUACCUGGUUGGUAUGCAGUUCAUAUCGAGAGGUGGCUAACAUACUACCCUGCAAGUCAGUUACACAUUAUCGAUGGGCACAAGCUGAGAACUGACCCUGCUGCUGUAAUGGAUGAAGUGCAGAAAUUCCUCGGUGUUUCCCAGUUCUACAAUUAUUCUCAAGCUCUGACGUUUGACCCACAAAAAGGCUUCUGGUGCCAGUUGCUUGAAGGAGGGAAGACAAAGUGUCUGGGUAAAAGCAAAGGCAGGAAAUAUCCAGCAAUGGAUGUAGAGUCCCGAACAUUUCUCUCACGAUACUACAAAGACCACAACAUUGAACUGUCCAAGCUGUUCUACAAACUGGGUCUGCCAUUGCCCACUUGGCUGAGGGAAGAACUGCAAAAAGUGAUGAGAUAGUUGUUGUUGGAAAACUAGAAGCAAUUUUCCUAUUACCAGUCUCAACACACAGCAUCCAGUACCCCAGUAGUCCUUCCUCCCAAGCUUGGAGUGACUGCCAAAAAUAAGCAACUUUCUACUAUACCUCUGCAAACCGAAAAUAUUCUUUAAUCUUUCCAUAUGCUGGCAUGUGGUAUUGCAAAGCUGACAGCACAUGAGGAAAUGUGGGUUAACAGCCUAUGGCUGAGUUACAUGUUUUACUGAUAAAGUUUAGUUUGGGCCCCAAACCUGCUCUACCCAACCCUGUCUUAAGAUUGAGUGAGUUAUUGUAAAGACAGAAAAUUGUGACUCAUUUUGUAAAUGAAACCUGUGCAGUGCUGGUUAACUGUCUGGUAUCUGCAGUGAAAAAAAAUUGCACUAUGUUACUUUUACUACCAUGCAUUUAAAUUAAUCUAAAAUCCAUAACCUGGUCAUUAUAAACUUGUGCUUUUGAAACA